AUGCAUUAUUUUACGAAGACUAAAGAAACUUCUGAAAACAAAAGAUCGAAUUUCAUAACAAAUAGUAAGAAUAUAAACAAAAAUGACCAAAGGAUAAAUGAGUUUUUUAAUGAAGGAAAUAAAUUAGAAAAUGGACAUCAAAAUGGUAUGUCUAAAGAGAAUAAUACAAAUUAUAAAAAUGAAUUAGAUGACAGUAAAAAUUCUUUUUUAAAUUCUAGUUAUAAAAAUGAAAUGGAAAAUGAGCAUGAACUUAAGAAUGAAGCCAAUAAUAAUAAUGGGGAAAAUGGAAGAGAAAAAACCCAAGCAUUUUCCAGAGACAAUAGUAAGGCAGAAAAUAUAAAUUCAGGGGCCAUAAAAUAUAAAAGUGUAAAUGUAAAAAACGAAUUCAUGUCAUUUAUAAAUAGUAUAAAAACUUACAAUGAUGAAAAUGAUUCAUAUAAAAAAUUUUAUUUAGAAAAAGAAAAUCAAAUAAAAAAUAAUUUAUCAAAUGACAAUGAAAAAAUAAAGGAAGAAAAAUUAUUUGAUAGUGAUAACCAUGCGUCUAAUAAAAAUGUGGAUGACGUUUAUAAUAAUUCUGAUAAUAUUAAAAACCCAGAUAUUAGUGAAUCUAAUAAAAUUAGUUAUGAACCAAAAAACAAUGUAAAUAUACAAUCUGAAUAUAAAACAUUUGAUCAGUUUUUUGAUUCCGGUUAUGAACAAAAUUAUGGCACUAAAAAAAAUAAUAAUACCAUGCAAUCAAUUUCAAAGGUAGAGAAAAAUACACAAAAUCCUAUAAUGGAACAAAAUGAUAUACAUAGCAAACAAGCAUUAUCAAAAAAUCAAAUCAGUUAUAAUAAUAGCGAACAAAAUAUUGAUUACAGUGGGGAGCAUAAUAAUGAAAUAUAUAAUAGUCGUCAAAAUGGUACUAUGCAUUAUAAUGAAGAAUUAGUUAAUGACAAAAGGGAAAGAAAUGGACAGCUAGAUCAAUCUAAUAGUCAUUAUAAUAAUGGAGAAAGUAAUAGUGAGUUUAUAAAUAGCAUGAAUGACCGAGGGGCUCAAAAAAGUAUGCACAUUAUUAAUAAUGGUAAUAGCAAUAAUAAGACUGAUAAUUCUUUAUUCCAUUCCAAUAUGUCGAUGAAUAACUAUGGAAAAAAUAAUGGGGAAUAUUUCGAAAAUACGAUGGGCUCAGUGAGACAAAAAAAUAGUUCUAUAAAAAAUGAAAAUGAUUCCAUUGAUUUAAUAAAUAAUGAACAAUCGAUGAACCAAACGAUGGAAUCAAAUAGCCAUACAAUGCAAACAGCUAAUCAUAAAAUAAAAACGAAUUCAUAUUAUGAAAGAAAUAACGUGAAUUUUGAAGAUUCAAACAGUACAAUAAGGCAAUCGAUUCAAUUUCCUUAUGGAAAAGAAGAACAAACAGAAAAAUACUACAAUGAUAAAAGAAAUAGAACAAUGUCAAAUAAUUUUCUACAUCAAUCUAGAAAAAACGAUGAUAAAAUAAAAAAAAAUGAUACAUAUGGACAAAAUAAUAAAUUAGAAGCACAAUAUAAUAAGGGACAAAUAAAUAAAGCUGUAUCUGAAAAUCGAAAAAGUAAUACAGAAGAAUAUAAUAAUAAUAAAAGUAGUAUUUUAAAAAAUGAUUCUUUAAAGUUAUACCAGACCCAAGAAAUGCCAUUAAAAGGUAGUUAUUCAAAUUAUGGAAAUACUGCUGAUACAUUAAGAAGCCGAAAAAUAGCAACUAACCAAAAUAUAAUGGAUUCACGAAGCAACAUAUUAGAUUCUAACAUGGUUGUUAUGGAGAAAAAUAAUAGCUAUAGAGAAUUUAAAAGUGGAAUUAAAGAUUCAGCAGACGAAUUAUUAAAUAAAUCUAAAGAUGCUUAUGAAAAAUUAGAUGAUAAUAUAUCCCGAACAAAUAACACAUUAAUAAACUCUAAAUAUAUAGAAAGACAAAUCAAAUCAAAACAUAGUUUAGGUGAUUCAGAAAGGCAUAUGAGCAAAAAUUUGAUAACAACGAUGAAUGCAAGUGAAGACAGUAGAAGAGAAAGCUAUUCGAAACGAUCACAAUUUUCUAUAGAAGAUUCAAGAGAAAGUUUAACAGAAUAUGAUUUAAAAUCUUCAAUAAAUAAUGAUGAUAAAGAAAUCGAAUCAAAACGUUUUUAUGAAAAUAAAAAAGGAUAUUUACAUAGAAGUGAAAAUAUUAAUAGAAAUAGAAUUCCUAUAGAAUAUAAAAAGUUCAAUACAUAUGUAAAUGAUAGAGAUAAAAAUGUUGAUAUAAAUUUAUUACGUGAAUUUCAAAAAAGCAUUAAGAAUAAAAAAUGGAUAAUAGAUGAUGGCUCAGAGAAUAGUCAGAAUUAUUAUAUGGGAAAGGGACAAAACAUGCAAACUAAUGAUAGCAGUCAAAAAAUAAAUAAUAAUUAUAACAGUAUAAGUCAUAAUAAUAGCGAUUCUUAUAAUGAUCAAAAAAAUAUGAAUAGCACUAACCAAAAUAGGGAUACAGAAUAUGAUCAAAAUACAGAACCCUCUCAUAUAAGUUAUUCUAUUUCAAAUAAUGAUUCAAAUUGUCUUAUGGAUAUAUCUAGAAUAAGCUUAACAAAUGGAAUUAAUGUAUGCGAUAAAUCUGAUAAUGAACUAGAAAAUAGUUAUAUAAAUUUUUCAGAAAAUGAUCAUAAUAUUAAUUGCGAACUAGAAGUUUCUCUAAAUCAACAAGUUAAUAAAUAUUCUAAUUCAUCAAAUGAGUUUUCUACAUCUAUAAAUGAUUCUCAAACUGAUAGGAAUAUUUCUAAUAAUUUCGAUCUUACUGCAUCUAAUAUAUCAAGACAUAUUAUUGAUAUAGAUAAUAAGCUAUCACCCAAAAACAACUAUAAUUAUAUUGCUCAAUUAUCAGUGAAUAGAAAUUUUGAUAAUACCGAUUUACAAAUUUCGUAUAUAGAAAAUGAAAUACAAAACAAGAUAAAGGAAUUUGAUAUUUUUCUGGGUCAACAUUUUGAGAGAAAAUGUAAUCAUGUUCUUAACAGAAUUGAAAAGUUACUUUCCUGUGAUUUUUUUAGUAAUAACUAG